AUGUCUGUCGUGAAGUCAAUUGAAAUAGUGCUGCCCAAGGAUGUGGUCUACCUGGCUGGCUCCAGCAUAAAAGGGCAGGUGAUUCUAACCCUGAACAGCACCCUGGUGGACCCCAUAGUGAAAGUGGAGCUCGUGGGAAGGGGUUACGUCGAGUGGAACGAAGAGAUCGGGGCAUCCCGUGAUUACAGCAGAGACGUGAUUUGCAACAACAAGGCAGACUACGUGCACAAGACAAAGACAUUCCCAGUGCAGGGUAAGGACAAGGUCCCUCUCUGUGUGGAGGUCGAGAAGAAAGUCUCCUACAAUUGCUGCAGCAGGGGUACCAUCCGCUUGCAAAUCCAGAUGGAGAAGAACGUCUUCACGCCGGGAGAGAGAGUCGUGUUCACGACGGAGAUCACCAACCAGACCAGCAAGCGCAUCAAGACGGUCGUCUUCGCCCUGUACGCCCGCGUGCGGUACGAGGGCUUCACACCCAGCGCGGAGUGGCGCUCGCGGACGGACAGCAGCGAGCUCCUCAGGCAGGAGGCGAACACCCAGAUCACCCCCUUCGGCACUACCAAGGUCGUCAGCACCUUCACCCUGCCGCCGGUGCUGUCCGUGAACGACAGCGUGCAGGACGGUGAGAUCAUGCACACGCGCAUGCGGGACGGCGAGAUCAUGCACACGCGCUACGAGCUGGUCGUCACCAUGCACCUGCCCUGGUCCCUCAGCAGCAUCAAGGCUAAUGUCCCCAUCGUCAUCACCAGCGCCUCGGUGGAGUCGGCCCAGUCGCCCGGCGCUAGCAGGGAGUCUGAGUCCAGGAGCCAGGAUCCCCAAAGUUAAGUGUCCAAACUUCUAAAUAUUAAAAGCUUUAUCAGACUCUACCAGAAGCCCUUUGUGUUGCACAGGUGACGAUCGGAUGAUGAGUCUUGGCGCGGGCGGCACGUUGCCUGCCAUGUCCCCAAGCCCUGCUGCAGCUUAGGCAGCCAAGUCUCCCGUCCCAAGAAACACCAUCGAAGACUUCUCAGGAUCCAGCCCUGGUCAGCACAGAGGCAAGGCGGACAAGCCCUGCAUUCGUUAUUUGCAAAAAUUAAAUAAAAUUGAGCCAGAC